UGAAAUUGGUUCCAGUAUUGUUUAAUGAGGUCUUCUGAUGAAGCAGGACAGCAUGAUAUGGUAGCAAGAAGGUUCUGCUCUGAACAUAUCCAUUCUGUGCUUUAAUGCACCAUAGGGGCUUGUUUUCUGCGAGGAAAAUGUGAGUACAACACAGCUAGCCUCUGCAGAGCCACAGAGGAAUUUGCUUCUUGGAAACACUUUUUGGAAGCCUCUAGUUGAGAGCAGAAGAUCCCAUUUCCCCUAAAGAAGGGCAAGUCGCGUUUGUAUGUUGGCUGUUGCUGCAGUCUGGUUCAGAUGUAAUUCUAAACAUCCUUCAGGCCUGUGUUUUGUGUAUUUAUGUAUUUAGUGUUUUUAUCUUGCAUUUUUAUGUUGUGAACUGCCCUGUGAUAUUUGGAUGAAGGGCGGUAUGCAAAUUCUCAUAAGAAUAAGGCAGCUUCCUAUGUUCCUACACUUUACAUACAGUGUAUUUCAUAUCCAGGAUCUUGGGUUCCUUUACUUUUAUUUAGUACAGUGGUGCCCCGCAAGACGAAUGCCUCGCAAGACGGAAAACUCGCUAGACGAAAGAGUUUUCCGUUUUGGAGGUGCUUCGCAAAACGAAUCUCCUAUGGGCUUGCUUCGCAAGACGAAAAUGUCUUGCGAGUUCCUGCGGUUUUUUUUCCCUUUCCCCCCCUUUUUCUAAGCCGCUAAGCUGCUUAUCUGCUUAUCCGAUAAGCUGAUAAGCCGCUAAAAACCGCUAAUAGCGCUAAUCCGUCAAUGGGCUUGCUUCGCAAGACGAAAAAACCGCUAGACGAAGAGACUCACAGAACGGAUUCUUUUUGUCUUGCGAGGCACCACUGUACAUUUGUAUCUGAGAAUCCAGCUAUAAAGGCUCCCAGAGUGGCUUAUAUACAAUUAAAACAAGGCGGUCCUUGCUUGCAAUCUUUAAAAAAAAGAGAGACAAGGAAAAGGGGGCAAGGAGGGAAGAGGAAAAAGAGACUUGAAGCUUUAGAUAACUUCCAGUUAAAACAGAUCAUGCUGGACUAGACAGACCAAUUUCUAAGGCAUCUUCUGAAGACUCACUCUAUGGGCUCCAGGAGGAGAGGCUUUCGUGUGCUGUGUUAAAAGGGAAAGCAGAUAAAAAUCGGCUUGUUACCUAGUCUAAUAAAUAAAGCUUCUCUCUAAAAGGAACUGUAAAUGUUCGAUGCUCAUUGCUCAAAUCCCCCAACGAGUGAUUCUUUUGUUAAAUUGUCUGGAUUAAAUUAAAACUCCCGUAUCAGCAGAGAGAGAGGUAUGCCGUUCUUGCCAGCUAAGCACGAACCAUCCCCAGUGUGCAUUGUUUGGCAGGCCUUACAAACCCAACCUGGUCUCCCUGCUGCUGAUAUAUAGUAGAGUUUCCCGUGGCUCUGAAAAUCCCAUUUGGGAGUCUGCCUCUGCGUUAGCAGUUGCCAGUGAAACAUGUCUCAGUAUUCAGGAAAAGUAAGUAACGUGUUCCUUUUUGUAACUUUGCUUAUGUAUGAGAUCAGAGGCUUUUUUAAAAAAGAGGGAGGAGGAGAUGAGCUGGAAAAAGAAAAGCUUUGGAUGCCAACAGGAGACAGGAUGGCUUAAUGGAGCUACGCUUUCCAAAACAUUGUGGGGCUGUGUUGCCUUGCAGGAUGGGGCCACACAAGCUGGGGUGGUCUGAGAUUAAGGGGCGUUCCUUAAAACGCAAGGAAUCUGGCAACUCCAGAGAAGGAAAAGCAUAUGAAAGCGAGAGGAUAAAGAGGAUUGGGAAAUACAAUGGAGUGUGGCUUAAUUAAUCUAAAUACACAAUUUGAAAAAACGAUGUUUAUAAAAGAAAAGAAAACCCCGAGAGGUUGCAUUGUUAGCCACACACGGUGUUGUAAGCUGUAAUGUCUCAUUAAAAGAAUACUUCCAGCUUUCAAUGAACUCUCAUUGAAUGCAAAAUUAAGUCCGUCUGGCAGUGGAUUCCAUCUGCUUGGAAUACCGGUGGGUCCUGGGGCCGUGCAAUGGUCGUAGCUCAAUCCUUGGAACGUCCUCUUUCCUCUAGAUCACUUUCUAUGAAGGCAAAUGCUUCACAGGCCGGAAGCUGGAGGUGAGCGGGCCCUGCGACAACUUCCAGGAGCGGGGCUUCAUGAACAGAGUCAAUUCCGUCUGUGUACAGAGCGGAGCCUGGAUCUGUUUCAGCCUCGCAGACUUCCGAGGCCAGCAGUACAUCCUGGAGCAUGGCGAAUACCCUGGCUUCCACCGCUGGAACGGGCACAAUGACCGAAUGGGAUCCUGCAAGCCAGUUGGGAUGGUUAGUGCUCCUUUUUUGUUGUUGAUGAGUGACAGGAUAGGUCCUGUUUAUCACAGGGAGUCUUUGUUUCCAGGUGUCUGUCACUCAUGCCUUUGGGAGGAUGUCUGGGAUGUCUUCAGCAUCAUUGUAUGUUUUAACAACCUGCCGGAAUGGUCAUAAUUUAUUACUUCUCAUAAAAAAAUUAUGCACCUCUUGAUAGAAGAAAAACCUCAAAGUAGUUUACAAAGUAUAAAACAAUAAAAUUACCAGUAAAAAUAGUAAACAACAGCAACUAUUUAAAACAUUUUUUUUUUUAAAUUGCAAUAAACUAAACACAGUUUAAAAUACGCAUUCUACAUGCCUGGGCAGGCUUGUCUGUUCCAGGGGAUUAAACACUGCCUUCAUAAAAGGUAAAGGGACCCCUGACCAUUAGGUCCAGUCGUGACCGACUCUGGGGUUGUGGUUCUCAUCUCGCUAACUUGCCGAGGGAGCUGGUGUACAGCUUCCGGGUCAUGUGGCCAGCAUGACUAAGCCGCUUCUGGCGAACCAGAGCAGUGCACGGAAACGCUGUUUACCUUCCUGCCAGAGCGGUGCCUAUUUAUCUACUUGCACUUUGACGUGCUUUCGAACUGCAAGGUUGGCAGGAGCAGGGACCGAGCAACGGGAGCUCACUCCAUCGCGGGGAUUUGAACCGCCGACCUUCUGAUCGGCAAGUCCUAGGCUCUGUGGUUUAACCCACAGCGCCACCCGCGUCAGCCCAGGUCUUUGUGCCAUCAUCAUGUGAUCAAGCAAGACAAAGAACAAGGACAUUGUAUCUCCUGGACCUUGGCAUCCUUCUGGGUUAGGCGUUGGUGCCUCUGUCCUACUUGUAGGAGUCCCUUGCUCCUUGCUCAGCCCCAUGGCUUCUAGACUGUGAGGUCCUCCGGGGUUCCAUUGUAUUCCCAGUUGCUGUUUUAACAUCUUUAUGAAGUCAUUGGGGGAAGUCAUCCAGGGAUUUGGAGCAAGGCACAAUCAAUAUGUUGGUGAUACCCCAGUCUUCAGUGAUGAUGCCCGACAUCUGAAGAUCACAGAGUGGUCUAUCUCACCUGAAUCAGGAGAGGCUGUUUAAGUACUUGACCACUGUUUGGACUGGGUAUUGGGAUGGUUGAGGUCCAAUAAAUUGAAGCUGAAGCCCAACAAGAUGGUGGUUCUGUGGGUUGGUGGUUGAAGGACCAAGUUCAUUGCUUGGGGCUGCUCAUCAGUUCUAAGCUGCCCCUGAGGAGGAGUGGCAAGGCAACUAUUUUCUGUUGUCUAAGCCUCUGUUAUCUUCUUCAAACUCCAGUUGGUUCGCUAAUCCCCACAGCAGCUGCCUGUGCAUUACCAGGCUCGAAUAAACUUACUAAUAUUGGUGCAUAAAACCCUGAAUGACCUGGAACCCAAGUAUCUGAAGGAAUACCCCACCCAAUCAUUAAGAUCCACUAGAUAUGUCUUACUUCAGUCUCUUGGCAAUAACUUGGGGUGGUGAUGCAUACUCCAGAGUAGACCCAUUGUACUUAAUGGGCAGGACUAUCUUAUACCUAUUAAGUGGCUCUAAUCUAAGUUGGAAACAACCAAUAGAACUCAAUGGGACUUCUUUUAGACAUGUACUGGAUUGUGCUGUUAAUGGGUUAGCUCUCCUGCUGCCCUUUUUUGUAAGGCAUUCUGCAAACUUGCUAGCUGAAGAGUAAAAAAAAAAUAUUUUUAAUACAAUAAGACACACACCACAGGAAUGGAGCUCUCCCUCAAAGUACUUUCAACAAUUUUUAACUACUAUUUCCUGUCUUCAGCCUAAAUUUGUAUUGCAGUGGAAGGUGUGUGUAUUUGUGUACUUGUGCAUCUGUAUGUACAAGACGGGGAACGGGAGAAACUCUUCUUUGGGGUUUUUUUUGGACUGCCAUCAGAUGUUUCAGGCAUAUCUGAGAUUCCACCGCCAAAAGAAUGCCACAAGCUUUCCUCUACCUCAGCCAAGUUUUCUCAUACAUGAUUCCAUUUAUAAAUAUAUUAUGUCCUCUGUCUGCUGGUUCUUUUUCUUUUUCUCUAAAAAGAACUUUAUACCUGUCUGCAGACUUCCUCACAAAUACCUACCAAACCUACUGGCGGGAGGGGAGGGAGAUUCCCAAAGUGAUUUACCUCAGUUCACCUUCCAAGAAUUGCAUAGACAGGAUACUGGAGACUGAAGCGGGCGGCGUGUGUAUGUGUGUGUUUCUUUCUUUUUCUUGCUUAAUAAAGUCACAACUAUCCUGUAUAAAUAACCACAGACUUGACUAGGAACAAGGAAAAUGUGAUUAUUAUUUUGUUUGUUUGUUUUAAGGGAAACAGUCUCAAAUAGAUGUGUGUUUUGGAAUUUCCUCCUCAUAGUUCCGUUCCUCGUGGGGUUCUUAAUUCAUUUCCCAUGUAUGGAUGUCUGGUUCUCUUGCAAAUGUCAAAAGUGGCAUUCUUGUGGCCUUGUUUUCUUGACCUUGUGCGUGGUCGUUUCGUGGUUUGUAUUUCUUCCGGUGCAGGUUUUAUGCUAAAGGGCACUUGAGGAUGGUCUGAAACUCUCUCUCUCUCUCCCCCAUCUCAGCUGAAGUUUGAACACUUUCAUAGUCUGGCAUUAAAUUACUCACUGAAAACAACAAUAAGAAAAGUACUAACUGCUUGGAUAACUUAGCAUGAUCACAUCUUUACAGGCAUAUUGCUCAUAUUGUAAAGUGAUGGGUCCUUCUCUCCCACCUCCAUUUGAUUCUUACAACAAUCCUGCAAAAUAGUCUGAAGGAGAGAAUUCCCUAGCGAGGUUCAUGGCUCAGAACCGAUUUGAACCUGAGUCUGAAGACCUAACUGAAGACACAUUUCUUUAUCUUGGCUUUUGACACUGGAGAUGCAUAUUUUAGAGCCCGCCUUAUUUCUGAAUUUUAAAGUUGCUUUAAAUUUUUUUUUUUAAUAUUAAUGUUGUGUUUUAAUUGUCGUAGCCCACCCUAGGACCUGAAGGUAAAGGGUGCGUAAUAAAUUGUAAACAUCGUCCUAUCCCAACCUGACACUCUAACCACUACACUGCACUACUUCUCCUGUAUUUAGGACACAAAUCACUGGCAUAUUUUGUAUAUAGUAUGGGGGAGGGGGACAACGUGUUGCUUGUUUAAAUAAACGUUUUAAUACAUUUUUAUUGAUAUAUAUAUUUAUGUCUCCGGCUAACCACCUUCUUGAGAUCUUGCUAUGUUUUCGAAAAGUGGAAUACCAAUUUUUAAAUCAGUAGACAAAAUAAAUAUGAAAGUGAUGAAACAGUCGCUGGCCGGCGAGUGCUGAUGCUGAACCCAUUUUCCACCUGUGGCUUUUUGCUGGCUACAGAAUUCACUGGCCGGCCUGGGGCACAUUUCUGUCUUUCACCUGUGGGUCAAAAUGAAAAAAACAACAACAAACCUCUCUGUUGCCUGGAGCUCCUUAGAAGACGAGAAGGGUGCAAAUGUUAUUUUUCUAAAUACAUUUUUACUCAUAUUUCGCAACACCAAGCUCUUUAGUAUGAAUUUGGAAAAGCGAGGUGUCUCUGGGUUUUGCCGCUGCUGUUUCAUGAAGCUAAUUUUGGCCUGCCUUUGCCAACAGCAUGGCGAGAAUUACCGGAUCGAAGUAUUCGAGGGCAGGCACUUUAGUGGUCGCAGCCAGGAGUUCACCGAAGAUUGCUCUUGCCUGCAUAGGCAAGGCUGGGCCAAAAACUGGAUCAACGCCAUCAAAGUCUAUGGGGAUGGAGCGUAAGUAACUCACGGGUGUCAAAAUAAUACAAGGGCAACCUGCAAUAAAGGGUUGCCGCAUGUAAUCCUCCUUUUAGCCCUCUUCAGAGUACUCCAUUCCAUUCUUCUUCCAGCUGCCACCAUUUUCCUAUUCCCUGCACACUGAGCAUACUCAGCCCCCAUCUUGCUGUUUCCUUUUGGGGGUGAGUCAUUUGCCUCUCUGGGUUCCCCUGAGCAUGUUGUUUCCUCAUCUCUCUGUGUCUCUGUGUGUGCAUGUACGGUGCCAUUUCCACUACGUAACUAGCACUUGGAUAAUUCAGAUUGCUAUUGAUGUAGUUGCUAGAUUGGUCAGUCUGGAUGAAACUGGAUCCCUUCUGAACCUGCAACUGCAUCUGUGAGGAUAGAGUACAUAAGAGGAAACUUGCCAAACAAGUUCCUUUGUCAAGGUUUGUCAAUGCCAGUUCCUUUGACUGGCCAGUUAACUACCCAUCGUCUGCAUCUCGAAAAGGUGAGCUCUGCUGCCAUAGAAACAAAUGGGCAGGCCUUUCGCUAUCCACCUCACCUGCCCAAUAGAUGAGAGAACAAAGCCAGAGUUGUGUAUGUGAGCUGAAAGCUGGGGGGGGGGGGAGAGAGAUAUCUUGCUUUGUGCUGGACUUUGGGUCUCUUCUGGAAACCGACAGGGGAAGCAAGAUCUGUUGGGGUCAGGGCUGGCCCACCCUUGUGGCAAGAUGAGGCGACUGCCUCAGGUGGCAGAAUCCACAGGGGCAGCAGAUCCAAGAAACGCAUUGCCCACCGCUGCUGCCAGGCUCCAUCUCCCAUCAGCCCCUGACAACCAGCAUGGCUAAAGGUCAGCAAUGAUGGGAGUUGGUCCAUCCACAUCUGGAAGGAGAUAGGGGGCUCACCACCCUGAUAUAGAUGAUGACAGCUCUGACUCUGCAGUUCCAUGCCAGAAUAGUCACUCGCAGAUAUAGGCCCCUGUUGCUUUCUGUAGCUUUUACCAGUCCCUACCCUUCUUCAGUCACCCCCCCCCCACAGGUUAAACCUACUAAGUGGGUUUCUCGUCUCUUGUAUGUUCCAGGGUUGGGUCUAGGAUUUAAUAUCCGCUUCCUCUACACCUGAUGUCAGAUGUGAGGCAGGAAAAGAUGUGGCUGGUUGAAAAAAUGGGGUUUGCAAGCACUGCUGAUCAGUUCAAAGUCAGCAUAAACAACACAGAGCCCGAUGGAACAAUUGUCUGUGUCACUAUAAGGCAGCUUCCAUCUGCUUUCUUCAAAAAAGCCAUGUACAGUUAUUGAUUAUUAUUUUUAUUUUUUCGCAUAUCUACAGGGUACCCCUUUUAAAAGAGACCAAAACCCAGCUCUCUGCUCCCCUGACAUUCCACCAACCCUGGUCUUGGGUCUAUGUGUGGAGUCCUUACUGUAGUAAUAAUAAAUAAUUGCAGGUUAGCAAUAUCCAAUCCAGCAGUUCCGUCAUAAAUGUUCAUCUGAGGCACACACAAAAAUUGCAUGUGGCACGAGAGGAUCAGCUUAACAAGCCUCUUUAUUCUGGAAAAGAUUAACACCAAUUAUAGCUUCCCCACUAUAGUUCCUUCUCGCAUUCUUGCUUUCUGAUCCUUUGCUCUAGAAGUGCCAAACUGGGAGAAGCCAACAGUAUUGCUGUCCCUCCCUCUGUCCCAAAAACAUUUCCCCUGAAAACCGGCGAUCACGCAGGGUUGUAUUUCCAUCAUCGCUCUGACCAGGAACAAAUGUUCUCUUGAGGGGGUAGAAAAAAACAAAAAUCAUCGUGUGUGUCUCACCCUUUCACCAGUGAUGGAGUUGUUGUGUUAUGAUGUCAUUGGCUCGUUCUCUCUCUCUCUCUCCUCCCCCACUAUCUCUCUGACCUCAUGGUACCAUGCGCUUCCUUUGGACAAACAAACACAGUCGGAAGGCACGACUUGGAUGUGCGUGCCUGGGAGAGAGCUGGAGCCCUCUGUCCGAGCCAGAGAGUGCUUGGCUUGUGUGAGGCACAGCUGGAGUUCUGGUUCAUGCUGCUUCGUGCUUCCGUGCCAAGGGAUCAUCACUUAGGAGGGCAAAAAGCAGAACUUCAAAGGCAGCCUCCCCCAACCUGGUGCUCUGACAGAUGCUACGGGCCACAGUCUGGAGUGGGAUGGUAUUGGUUCCUGUGGCUAGGUGGGGAAGCAGGAUGGCGACAACCGUUCUGGGCUCUCUGGCUGAAAUGCCCAAAGUGCUUGCCAGAUGUACUCUGUGGCCAGGGAGGAGCCUUUUCUUCAAGGCUUGGCAACUGCAAGGCUGUUGUUAUUUGUUUUAUUUUAAAGGACCCUCUGUUUGAAACCCUGGAGAGCUGAUAGAUAAGAGAAGCAAUAGUGGAUUUGAUCAGGGGUCGGCAACCUAGGGCCCACGGGCAAGAAGCGGCCCAUGGAGGCCGUUUAACCCGCCCCCAAGCUGAGCCGCCCACUCAUCGAGUUCCUGUGCACUGCACUAAACCGGCGCGGCACAGGGGCUCACUUCCGUGGCUCCGGAAAUUGCUUAUGUGCAUGCCUAGACGCUGGAAAUUGCUUCUGUGCAGGCAUGAUUUUCAGCAUCUGGGCAUGCGCAGAAGCGACUUCUGGCGCCACGGACAUGCGCAGACGUGAUUUCCGGCAUUGCGCUGUGCUGCCCCGGCCCACAGAGGAUCUCUGCAGGAGUGAUCUGGCCCAUGUCUGGUAAGCCUUGCCGACCCCUGGAUUAGAUGGAGGAAGAGUCUGGCCUGGAGCAAGGCAGCUUCCUAAAUCCCUAACAGCCAUGCAGGUGAAAGUCCUGUGGCACCUUGAAGAAGUAACAGAUUUAUUACAGCAUCAGCUUUCAUGAAAUAAAGUCCACCUCGUCAGAUGCAUGAAGUGUUAUCCUCAGUUGACGGAUAUAUAGUCGUACUUUGGAAGUCGAACGGAAUCCAUUCCAGAAGUCUGUUUGACUUCCAAAACGUUUGAAAACCAAAUUGUGGCUUCUGAUUGGCAGCAGGAAGCUCUUGCAGCCAAUCAGAAGCCGCAGAAGCACCACCAGAUGUUUGGGUUCCAAAAGAACGUUCGCAAACGGAACAACCACUUCCGGGUUUGCAGAGUUGGGGAGCCAAAAUGUCCGAGUUCCAGGGCGUUUGCCAACCAAGGUAUGUCUCUAUUGUUACAAAAGUUGGGCACCAUCCCCAAUCUCUGCCAAGCUGUGGCAAGAUUCCAGGGGGUUCCAGGCGCUCACCCAGGCUCUGUGUUCCUUUGAGAAUCAAAACACAGUGGAGACUGUCGUAGCUUUAAGAAAUAGGAUUUAUUCACAUUUAUAUUACAUGGAAAUACAGGACGGUCCCAUAUUAUACAGGAUGGGUGGCAACCCUAGUCAUGACCCCAGAAUUCAGCAGGGAGUCAAGGAACAACUGAACCUCUACAUUGCCAGAUUCCACAGCACCCAGGGUCUAUAAAACCAGAGGCAAACCCUCACAGGUGCUUUCCUUUGGGCCUGAGGAACCAAGUGCCUCCCACAGUACUCUGAAAGUCCAGUGGCACAGGGGGUGCACCAGGUGGGCAGGGCAGAGAGUACAGAAGUGCCUGUCUGUAGCUCAGAGGGUUGGCCUAGGAGAGAUGGGCAGCAGGCAGAGGCUCAAAAGGUUUAGCUUUGCUUCCAGCCUUUCUUAGAGCAAAUUGCUCACUAGGCGCUAUCCUUGGUGCUGAGACAACCACCUGCCUUGAGCGAUGGGUUCUUGUGCACAACUAGAAUAGGGCAUAUGUGGUGGGGCAUGUACCCCAGUGCUCAUAUAGAACUUCUGGCCAGAAAUUAUGUGGACUGGUCUCUUAAAUCCUGUGUCUCUUAUUAGAUGUAUUUAUGAAAAAGAGGAGAUCUUAAAGCAUAUUUUCUGCAUCCUUUUCAUAUUAACGUUCUCAAUAUUAAGAACUUCGGGGGUUGGCUGAGCCAGUAAAUUUGAUUGAUGUCUAGGUCAAUGAACUUAUAACAAAACGUAUUACAAAUUCAGUAUCUCCAAAAGACCCAAACACAAUUAAAUAAUCAACAGAGAUCUAAAAUAAACACAUUAAAUACAAACAUAUGUGCAAGAUAAACAUUAAACAAAUGGGAGUUGUGCAUACUAACGCAUUUGUUAAACUGUAUUUAUAAGGUGAAUAAACGGUGAUCAGUUGUUUUAAAAAACUCUUUCUGCUUUUUGUCCGCCAUCUCCCAGACAUACAUAUGUUGGGUUUAAUGUCUUCAUCACUGCUGCUUUCUAAACCUUUGGUUAACCAAUCAUUCAGAAAAGGAGCAAGUCCAUCUCCACCUCAGAGCCACCAGAAUUUUAGCCGUGAUCAACUUUUAACAUCAAAUGCCAACUGUUUGGAGGAAACCAAUAUGGCACCAUAACCACCUCUGAAUGUGGCUUGGAGUGUUUUGACUAGAAAACAUUUUGUUUCUGUUUCAGAUGGGUGUUGUAUGAGGAACCUAACUAUCGUGGCCAGAUGUAUGUGGUCGAGAGAGGUGACUACAGCAGCUGCAAUGAGUGGCAAGCUGCCUGUGCAAACAUCCAGUCAAUCAGAAGGGUUGUCAACUAUUUUUAGCUAACUGCCUGGUGAAAACGGAGAGUCUGGACCCUUCCCUCCUGGUCUCUAGAAAUGUGAAAUAAUAAAGACUUGAAAUCCGAUGUGCCUCUUUUGCAUUCCUCCACAUGCCCAGGCAGGUCACUGGCUUAAGCAGUCCAGGGCCUGAUAGCGCACUGUAUGGGUAGCUGACAUGGACCAGCCAAUUGAGGUAGGGAGGUGAUUCUGUUUGGGGAGAAUAAGUUGCCAUUGUUCAUGGAAUGGUGCAUUCUGAAGGCUCACAAUAUACAGAUACAGAGAUGGGUAAGGAGGUUGUUACUUGAGCUCUAAUGAUGUAAAUAUAAUUACGGGGUUUGACGACCCUUAACGGGCACGGAAAGCUGCUUUUUGUCACAUAAGACCGUUUAGACAUCCUCUUUCUAAAUGUAAAGGUGAGCACAUGUCCUCUGAGAAAAGCAAGAUGAAAAAGGAAAUCGACUCGUGAUGGACUUCAACACGACGUGGGCUUCUCAAAUCGAGAGCACGGCUGCAUCGUCGGGAAUGGGAGCAAGUCAAAAUGGCAGGGAAGUCUAGCUGUUAAUAAUAAUAAUAAUAAUAAUAAUAAUAAUAAUAAUAGAAACCUGGUGCUGGUAUUGGUGGGGUGGGGUGUGGAGACUUGCAAGGUGCUGGGGCAACUGCCAGAGGAAGCCACCUGUUGAUACUGACCCUGGUAUGAGGUCUCAAAGGAGCAUAGGAGACAUUCAACAUUAAGUGACCACGCUCCUAAAGGCAUUGCACGAUAUUCUCUGCAAGAUCAUCCAUUGGCUGUUUAGACCAGGGGUGAAGAACCUCAGGCAUGGGAUUGAAUGUGGCCCUCCAGGCCCCUUUCCCUGGCCCUUGGAUUUCUGCCCAGGCAGUACCCCUCAAUGACCCCCACUUUACACUCCAAGAGCUUCUGCUGGGCUGGGAUGUGUCCUUCCAUUCCUAUAUUGGAGACAGAGAGGAUAGAGAGAGUCGUGUGUUGGCUUGUGAAGAAACGAACCUACUGUGCAAAGGGGAAAUGGGCAGGACUUCAGGGAUGGGCCUUAGUAAUAUG